AUGGUUAAUCUUGUUGAUGAUGAUGAAAUGGAUGAUGAAGUUGAAGUGAAUAUGCCAAUGGGGCCUCCCUCAAAAACAAAAAAGAAACCUUCAACUAGUGAAAGUGGGUCAUCCACCGCUAGCAAUGUCAAAGGUCCUUUUAAUCUCUAUUUCUCGCAAAAAUCAAAUGAAAAGAGAAAAGGUGGACCUAUUGAUCUAGAUGCUUCUAGCAAGAUUUUACGGGAUCGUGUUGUAUCUUCUUUUGCUAGGUGGAUAUAUGAUGCAGGAUUGCCUUUCAAUUGUAUUAACUACACCGAAAGUUUUGGUGAAUUCAUUGAGGUAGUAAGCCAAUAUGACCCUGGAAUGAAGGCCCCCACCUAUCAUGAGGUAAGAGUUCCUUGUUUAAAAAAAGAGGUGGAAAAGACAAACAAAACUGUGGAAGAUCAUAAGGUUCAAUGGAAAACGUAUGGUUGUUCCAUUAUGAUGGAUAAAUGGACAGCAAGGAAUGGGAAAAUGAUCAUCAAUGUUUUGGUGAAUUCUCCAAAAGGGAGUGUGUUCCUUGAAUCUCAUGAUGCUAGUGACUCUUCUACUGACUCUAAUACGAUGUUUAACUUAUUUGAGAAGACUAUCUUGAAAAUAGGCAAGGAAAAUGUGGUACAAGUUGUGACUGAUAAUGCAAGUGAGAACAAAAAAGCGAGUGACAUGUUGAAGGGAGUGCUCCCACAUAUUUUCUGGACUCCUUGUGCUGCUCACUGUAUCAACUUGAUGUUUGGUGACAUUUUCAAAGAGGCCUCGUAUUCUACAGAUACAUUCUUAUAUCAGUCAAAGGGCACUAUUGUUGAAUAUGAUGAGGAGAUACACAAUAAGACAAGAUUCGCAACAGCUUUUUUGACAUUGCAUAGUUUUUAUAUGCAAAAGAAAAAUCUGAGAACCUUGUUUAUGUCCACUGAAUGGAAUGAAAGUGUUUAUGCAAAGGAAACUCUUGGGAAAGAAGUUGUGAGACACGUCAUUAGUCCAUAUUUUUGGAAUGACACUGUUCAAGCACUUAAAGUUGGUGGUCCUUUAGUUAAUGUACUUCGUAUGGUGGAUGGGGAGAAAAAACCACCAAUGAGCUACAUUUAUGAAGCCAUGGAUAGGGCAAAAGAAAGUAUUGAAAAGGCAUUCAAUUAUGAUGAAAGUAAAUAUAUGAAUGUUUUCAAAAUCAUUGAUGCAAGGUGGACGGAUCAACUUCAUCAACCUUUACAUACAGCAGGACAUAUUUUGAACCCGGGGCUCUAUUAUAAAAAUAAUGAGAUGAAGACUUUAACUGAAGAAGUGUGGUUGGGAUAUCAUGCAUAUGUUGAGAGGAUGAUCCUAGAUAAAACUUUGCAAGAUAAAAUAGGGGAUGAGCUUGGUGUGUAUAUGAAAGCUGAUGGGCUACUUGGAAUUGAGUCCGCCAUUAGAGCUAGAACCUUAAGGUCACCAUAUGAAGAAGUAUAUGAAGGAGAAGGUCUCACUUAUGGUGAUGUUGCUACGGCUAGUGGUGUGGAGGAGAAUAUUUAUGGUUUUACGGGGAGUACUUUAAGGGGCAAGGAAAAAAGAGUAGCUACAGGUUCAAGUUCAUGUUCAAAUAGAAGUAGAACUCUUGUUGAUGAGUCCUCCGAUGAGGAAGAAGAUGAGGACCAAGCCUGUGCAUCUGCUGAGGAGUUAUGA